AAAGCGAAAGAGGGAAACGAAGCAUCGAAGUGGGGUCCCCGCAAAGAACUGAGCUGUUGAAGGUGGUGCGUUGCAAGGUCUAUCCCACUCCUCAGCUCAGACCCCUGCCCGGAGCGCCCGCCUAACCACGCGGAGAUGUUGAAGACAGCGCAAGAGCCCAGAGGGGGUUUCUCUUUCGACAACUGCCAGAGAAAUGCAACUUUGGAAAGCGUCCUGCCAGGACUUCGAGUGCCUCAUGCGCGCAAGACUGGGACCACCAUCGCAGGCUUUGUGUUCCGAGACGGGGUCAUCUUGGGCGCAGAUACUCGGGCCACGAACGAAAUGGUCGUGGCGGAGAAGAACUGUGAGAAGAUCCACUUCAUCGCCCCCAAAAUCUACUGUUGUGGGGCUGGAGUAGCCGCAGACACCGAGAUGACCACGCGGAUGGUGGCGUCCAACAUGGAGCUACAUGCGCUGUCCACCGGCCGCGACCCCCGAGUGGCCACGGUCACCCGAAUUUUGCGCCAGACGCUCUUCCGGUAUCGGGGUCACAUAGGCGCUUCGCUGAUCGUGGGCGGAUUCGACGUGUUGGGCCCGCAGCUCUACUACGUGCACCCGCAUGGCUCCUACAGCCGUCUGCCUUUCACCGCCAUGGGUUCCGGCCAGGAUGCCGCCUUAGCGGUGCUGGAGGACCGUUUCCAACCAAACAUGACGCUGGAGGCUGCACAGGAACUGCUGGUGGAAGCCAUCACUGCAGGAAUCCUGGAUGACUUGGGUUCCGGGGGCAAUGUGAAUGCAUGUGUGAUCACCCAGACUGGAGCCAAGAUGCUACGAACCCUGAGCUCUCCUACAAAGCCCAUAGUGAGAUCCAGCCAGUAUUCCUUUGCCCCUGGGACCACAGCAGUCCUAUCUCAGACAGUGAAGCCGCUGCCCCUGGAGUUGGUGGAGGAAACUGUUCAGGCCAUGGAGGUGGAGUGAAGUUGGCUUGGGCUUACUGCUCAUUAUUGCUCUUAUUGCUUGUUACAGAAUAAACCUAGACAAUACAAGCACCAGACAAA